UUGUUGAGAAUGCUGCAGUGUGUCAGUAGCUAACCAGUAGAGGAGGAGGAUAGGGGAGGGUCUGCCGGAGAGGAAUGGUGUUGAUUAGGGUUACUGAAGAGUGCUGUGAUCAUAUUACAGAGAAGGGGGAACAUGCCCGUAGUGGCAUAUUGAAAGCACACAACCAGAGGCAGAAGGGCUGCCACAUUGGAUUUUUAACCGUAAUGAUUUCGCUAUCGUGCUAGGUCGCUAGCUAUCAUUUUUUGGGUGAAAUAUUACUAGAAAGAUUCCCAAAGGAUAAGCAAACAAUAAAAAUGUUUCCGAAAGGAUAUGCGGUAACACCCGGACACACUGAGAGUGAAAAGAAAGUGCUUUCCGAUUAUCUGAAGACCGAGUCCUCGAUGUUAAAACUAUAGGCACGGCUGGUGGAAACACGUUAUUGUCUCCGUUAUCUAUUGCUAAGACUGGUUGCAGUUUUGAUGCUGAAAAGUCGGACAACAUCGGUUCAGGAGCAGCAUAGCGGUAGUGGUAAAGAAACCACCAUUACGGUAUGAUUUCAACAGCUGCAGCUCGGAUUACUCCUACUUCUUAGCUAGAAAUCAUGUUUGUCUCAAUAGGAGCAACCCCGCGUGUCUCCUCUGUGAAAACAUCAAGGAUUUGGUUUGCAAUUAUUAGUUGUACUUAAAAAGAUUGAAUUUAUACACUGUACCUCACUGGCCGGAAUUGUCAUCGGGACAAAGAAAUCUCGUUUUUUCCUGGAUGUUGCCCCAGUUCAUACUCUACGUGCUCGUAGUUUUUAAUCUCCACAACAGCAAUCAUGUUUGCAGUCCGCAUCGUUACCGCAGACUACUACAUGGCAAGUCCCAUCAAAGACCUGGACGUUUGUUAUUCUGAAUUCAGAGAGAGUGAUGUGAAGAGGGUGCCAGUGGUUCGGAUCUUCGGGGCAACACCGGCAGGCCAAAAGACAUGCCUCCACCUCCAUGGCGUCUUCCCCUACGUCUACGUCCCCUACGAUGGCUACGGGCAGCCGCCGGACCGCUACCUCCACCAGGUGGCCUUCAGCAUCGACAGGGCCCUCAAUGUGUCCAUGGGGAACCCCUCGUCCAGCGCGCAGCACGUCUUCAAGGUCGCACUGGUGUCGGGAAUGCCCUUCUACGGAUACCAUGCGAAGGAGAAGCAGUUCAUGAAGAUCUAUCUCUACAAUCCUCAGGUGGUUAAAAGGGUGUGCGAGCUGUUGCAAGGCGGGGCGGUCAUGAACAAGAGCUACCAGCCCCACGAGGCCCACAUCCCCUACCUGCUGCAGCUCUUCAUCGACUACAACCUGUACGGCAUGAACCUGGUCAACCUGGGCGCGGUCAAGUUCCGCAAGAGCCGGCGGAAAGAGGAGGCCCCGCCCUCGGACCAGGACGGACAGGGGGCCGGCUCCAGACGGGGCAGCGGUGUGUGGAAGAGCCCGGGCACUUCCAGGCUGGUGGACACCUCGCUGGGGGGGAACACCUCGCUGGGGGGCACUUUUGUGCGCUGGGAGGAGGACGCCAUCCCCUGCUCAUUGGUCCUGGAGGACGUGGAGAGGCAGAGCACCUGUGAGCUGGAAGCGGACGCCGUGGCCGCAGACAUCCUCAACCGUCUGGAGAUCGAGAGUCAGAUCGGGAGGAACCCCGGUUUGCAGGCCAUCUGGGAGGACGAGAAGCAGCGGCGUCGGGACAAGAGCGAAUCAUCGCAGAUCGAGCCUCCGGAAUCCCAGGAUCGUGGGUUUGUCGCCUCUGCGGAAAGCGAGAAGGUCUUCAUGAAGAGGUUCAAAGAAAUUCUGAAAGAAAAUGAAUUCUCCUUGACUCAGUCGGGGUCUGUGGGCGAAGGAGACGAGUCGGAGAUGUUUCCUGUCGAACUCUCGCUCCAUCCCGACGUCCUGACUCCCGAGGCCUUGCACUGUACUCCCGCCAACCUGGUGGAGGUCCACAAGGACACGCAGCCAGACACCAAGAGGCACAGUGGUAAGGACUCUGAGGUUGCAAUUGUUGAUGAGGAAGCUAUCCUGAGCCUGUUGGAGACAAGCCAGACUUUCCUUCCUUUGACCCAGAGAAUCGUCCAGUCCCCCAUUCUAGAUACUAGCCAGGACCGAGCUAUGGUUGACCUGCUGGUUGGGCUAGAGGAUGACGGCUACCCGGCUGACCUGCCCAGGAAGUCUUCUCAGCUGCAAAUGUCAGGGAGCAUAGACUGUCAUUACAACAGUGACGAGGAGGAGGCGGGGCUUGAGAGAGAGGAUACCGAGCUUAGUCUGAUGAUGUCACAGAGAUGGGACAGUGACAUCCCCGGACACUCAUCUCGACAAAGGCUCUCCAUGAAGGACAUGAAUGAUAGCUCUAGUGAGGACCAGCAGGACUCUUCAGAUGAAGAGAUGGACUGGAGCAGCAAUAACUCUCUUUUUGCCAACCUGUCCAUCCCUCAGCUAGAUGGAGCUGCGGACGAAAACAGUGAUUCAACACUGACUGACAAAGGCUCCAGAACUCACUCGUCGCUUACAGCCACCGACAAGAUCCUGGGGAAAAGGAACCCAUUCCCAAGUGAAACUGUCCAUUUGGAGCCCCCGUCCUCUGCCAAAAUCCUGCUGGAGUGCAAGCACCCCGAGCACAGACAGACCCUCUCCUUGGACAAGGAGGAACCGACAGACAUGCACUUCCUCUCCAAAGGCAGCAUAAGCCAAGAGAGCAAGGCUGGGUCAGCUGGGCUCAAGAUGAACAAGGAGACUCCCUACAUCCAGCCCGUUAAACACCCUAUUCCCUGCAGCAUCACAAAUAAGACUGACAUUUCCCUAAUGGGUGCUGACAAAAUGGACGUGCACCCCCUCUACACUUACGAAAAGAAAGCAGUCUCCCUUAACAAGCCUGACCCUGAUGGCUUGCCCUUCGGAAAUGGGAAAAUUACCCAGAGCAGGAAGAAGUACAGCAGUAUUAAAAAUGUAGAAAAAAAUCGUCUAUCCAUUUUACAAAAUCACCGGAGUUUUUCACUCUGCUACUCGGAGCUGAGAAACUGUCCUAGUAAGGCGGAACUGGAGCUGUCACAGAAAGAGGGAAAAAGCCCUCUGCAGAGAAACCUCAAUUCAGCACCGAGCCCCAUGGAGGAAGAUGACCCCAUGGCCCCUCAGGAAGGUGAAACGGGAAGGAACAGUGAAGAAGGAGACAUGGGCGAGCUCAAAAUCAGGUACGAGGACUACCAGGAAAACAAGACGGAGAGGACAAUAGUUGCUCAGCAGGAGGCGCACUAUAAGUUUUUCCCCAGUGUUAUCCUUUCAAAUUGCCUCAACCGGCCUGCCAAAAAGUGCAUGGGCAAUAAGCCUGCAGAUGGUAGCAGUAAGCUUGAGCAGGAAAAACGGAGAUCAAGGCUGAAACUGGGCAAAAGAAGGGUCAGUGCAGCCAGCCAAAAGUCGAAGGUGGCUGCUGAGGAGAGCACGGGCUCUGUGAGCCAAGACGGAGAAGCCUUCACGUCCUUAAAGCCCGUCUGCGACAACAGUGAGGAAAAGGAGAAGCCAGAGAUGGGGCCUUCUGAACCAAUUCCAGAUAUCCCCGGUCCUUGUACUUCCGUUGUUCCAUCUGUUGAAGAAAGACUCAUAGCCCCCAUUGAUCCCCCUUCUAAGGUGGGACACUCAAAACCCUCUGGGCCACCAGGCAGCAAGUACACACUAAGGGCAAAGCGCAAGAUGAGUUACGACAGUGAAGAUGGCGAGGCUUCAGGGCUCUCUCUCCACACUAAGCCUGCCCUCACCCUGAGGGACAACUAUUUGCUGAGUGGUCACGAGUACAAGUAUCAAAAACGACGAAAGAUGUCAAAAAAGGAGCCCCCUAUUAUCAUUAAGUACAUCAUCAUCAAUAGGUUCAAAGGGCAGAAGAACAUGUUGGUGAAGAUGGCCAAGGUAAGUGCAGAUGAACAGCGGGUGACACUGACACCAGGUAGGCUAGAGCUUUACAAAAAACUUGCUCCGCUAAAGGACUUUUGGCCCAAGGUACCGGAGUCAAAUGCUGUCAAAUAUCCAUUAGUUGAGCCAAAGGCAAAGAAGCAUCCAAAGCGUAAAGCUAAGGUUAACUCCACAUCCAAGAAAACAAUCAGCAGCCCUCCCAAAGCCACAGGUGGGCACGGAUUUAGAAUAAAGAGGACUAAAGGCAGUAAGAAGCCGUUAACUUUGCCCACUCUGCCCCUUCCAACGCCGAGUUACAAUGAACACACUGAUGAUUAUACUUCUGAGUACACUGAUGUGAUGGUUCAGCUUGGUUAUCUGUCUGACAGAGCUCCCAGCCCCACAUGUUCAACACCACCUCGCUGUUGGUCUCCCAGUGAUCCCCAAAUGGACGCAGUCUCUGCUGAUCAGUUGAUAAACCCAUUAAAUGAUCCAUGUCUUAGCUCCGCAUUACAGGAAACUAGCACAGAGUCAUUAGGCAAAGGGGUUCGCAACAGAAGUCGCACAAGCAAAUCCAGAAAGGUGACGCAGACAAGCCCUAAAAGGAGGAGGGGCAAGGCUGCAAAUAUGAAUUUAGAAGAACAGUCUGUCACGAAGGAGAGCAUGAAAAGAAAGACUAGUUGUGGGGCACAAAGAAAGAAAAGUAAAGAUUCAGAUACUACGCAGGAAUCAAGCCUGGGUGAUGCACAGUCAACCCCUAAAACGACCAGGAAACCACGCAAGAAGAAACAGCAGACCCAAGGGGCCAAAAAUCCAGUCCCAAAUCCAGGGGUUGAGAGCACCCAGCCCCUAUUUCCCAAGGAAGACCUGCCUCCAACUGGAGAGUCUUCAUCCGGAGACCUCCCUCCCUUUCAGCAGCCAGUGUCUGACAAAGAACGCAAAGAUGAUACUGACUCCAAGGGUGUCACUAGUUCUGUAAGUCAGCCCUUGCCAUUUGAUAUUGAGCCAAAGCCAGAGACCUGUAAGACUUCCAUCUCUGAAAUGAGCCCAAGUCCCUGUGAUACCCUUGGUGUCAAAAGGCAGCCUGACCUGCUUCAAGAUGGUGACAUAGGCAGUACCCAUGACCCAACACCAGCUUGUAGUUCUCCGGGAACGUCAAAGCCAUCGGAUGCUGGGAAAUCACAAAGCACUUGUUCAUCGCCGGUUAUAAAAAGCAUUGGCUUCCCAUGUUCUGUCAUCACGUACAGUAGGUCCAGCUCAAAUGUCACGGUGCAGAGUCCAAAUCUUGGUUCACAACAGGGGCCUGGUUCAAUGAUGAAGAAUGAGCCUGAGACCUCAUUCCAGAUUCCUUCGAGCACUGAGGAAAGCCAGAAUUUCCCACAGCCCUCCGAGGGCAAGUCAACAGCAAAGACCAAACGUCGUCAAUCAAAAAAGAAGGAAAAAGAAGAUAUAACACCGUUGCCGUGCGUGUCACUUAAGGCAAAGCCCUUGCCAAAACCCAAGUCAGGAGAGACACAGGGAACUGACAAAGAUUGUGCACCUCAACCAGCCCCCAGGAAUGGGGAGAGACUGCUGCUCCCUGAGACUCCAUCUGGGCUUGCUGUCCUUAAAGAACUUCUACAGAAAAGGCAGCAGAAGGUUUCCGAGGGAGCAGGCGCAUCUGAGGCUUCACUUAUUUCAGCUGAUCCAACUAACAGUGCUCCAAGCAUAGCAGUCAAGUCCACAAAAGCCAAAAGAGCCCCCUCCUCUAACCCACGUAAGCCCAGGGUCCCUAAGGUGCAAGCCCCAAAGGAGAAAAAGCCUAGAAGUAGGAAAGGAAAAAAUUGCACGCCAGAGGAACCAAUAAAGUCAGAACCUCCCCUGUCAGAUGAUAGCCCAGUGUUCCUUUCCGACCCCGGUUUUGACAGUUGCUACUCUAUCGAAGACAGCUUGUCCCCAGAGCUCCCUCACAACUACAACUUUGACAUCAAUACUGUAGGCCAAACAGAAUUCUGUGGUCUCUACUCAGGCAGCCAGUUUGUGUUGGCUGACAAGAACUUGCCCCAGAAAUUUCUCAGCGAUAUAAUCCAGGAACCUGUCCCAGCGCUUGCUCGAGGAUUUGAGAGCAUGCCUGAGAGGGUUCCAUGUAUAGCAGAAGAGCCAGGUGGACCAGACUGGCACAGAAUGGGUCCCCUCAGUCCUGAACUUUUUGACAAAUCGGCAGAAACCAGAGAGGGACUCCCAACUCACCUGUCGGCAUCUUUACUGGAUUCGGACAGUGGUCAAGAGCUUGCUGCUGCCAGGAUUAUGAGGAGCAGGGAUUGGGGGUCUUCCUUGAGCAAAGGUCAUGGUCUUAGCCACUUUCAAGGUUUUCACUGUGAGAGAAGAGACCUACUAUUCUCUUUUGAUCCCUUCCUUCCGCUACCAUUGAACUCUGCAUCCUUCUCAGAUAUCCUUGGUUCUCAUUGUGUGGAUCUAAUGGAAGGGAAUGAUGCAUUAACAACGACAACACCCAGCAGUUCGCCUAGGUCAGUCAGCUCAUUGUCACAAGUUAAGAUGGGCAGUCAGUCUCAGAGAGGUGCCGGGGGUGCCCAUAUCCUGAAGCCCCUCAUGUCGCCCCCCAGCCGGGAUGAAAUCCUCACCACACUCCUGGACCUGGAUCUCUCAGAAACUACCUAUCAGGAGCCCUUCUGUAGUAAUCCUGCUGACGCUCCAGGAAAACCCAGGGAGAUUGGUGGUCGCAGACUGGUGGUGGGAACCAGGCUAGCUAAGGAGCUGACAGAGUUCAGUGGGGACUUUUCCCUAGAAGGUCUGCAGUUCUGGAAGGCUGCCUUCUCUGCAAUGACACGGUCUGGGUCUCCAUCGGCACCUGGAGUUGCAUGUAUGGAGUCCACUAAGGGGUGGCCCGAUCUCAGUCCAGCCUCUGCCUCUGCCAGUGACCAGAAGGUGGUGCUUCUUCCCUGCAAAAGUGCACCUAGCAGGGAGAGGGUGCAGCUGUGGCUGCAGGCCAAGAAGGAGUUUGAGAAUCCUCAGAGGGAGCAGACAGAAACUGGUGCAGAAGUGAGGGCCCACUUGGACUGGGAUGGACGUCAGAGUGUUGGUGGGGCGGUGGUCUCUACAGAAAACUUUGAAAGGGCAUGUGAUCAAUUUGAGAAAACCAGCAUGCAGGCCCUUAAGGAGGAAAGCCAAGAUAUUAGUCCUGUGGAAAAGGCCGAAAGCUGCCCUGGACAGCCAAGGACCCAGGUUGUGGCCACCAGUGCGAGAGAGGAAGCGGAUGAAGUGUACUUUGGCAAAUCCAGUUCUCCAGACUCCCCAGAUCUGCCGCCCUGGCAACAGACAGUUUGGCCGAGUCCUACCGGUGUUGAAGGGGACACGAAAGGGUCCACAUCAGACCUGGCAUCACCCAAGCUUGCUGCUCCAAGUAGUCAGCCCUGCACCUCUCCAGAAAGGAGACAGGACAAGGAAUUCCUCAGCCCCUCACCCUUCUCUCUCUCAGCCCAGAGGGAGGAGAAGUCCCAUCCCUUUCUCCUCCACAGCACCCCUGUCACCAGAAGACGGAAAAGCAAAAUGGACCCCGAGCCCAACUGUAGCCCUCCCAUGACCGAAGACAUAGAGUCCAAGUCCCCAAGAGUGCAGCAGCGAAGAGGGCCACACACCGACACCCUGAGGAGAGUGCUGCUCACCACACAGAUGAAGAACCAAUUUGCUGCUUUGAACGUUCCAAAGAAAGACGGCUCUCAAAUCGAAGGCCCGUCCAUCAGCAACUCGUACGGUUUCAAAAUCAGCAUGCAGAAUCUUCAGGAUGCUAAAGCACUGCACGAGGUGCAGUACCUGACUCUGAUGAGUAUGGAGCUUCAUGCAAGGACCCGACGAGACCUGGAGCCCGACCCAGAGUUUGACCCUAUAUGUGCCUUAUUCUACUGCCUCCGCUCUGACACGCCACUGCCCGACUCUGAUAAGACCCAGAUGACCGGGGCCAUUGUGGUGGACAAAGACCGUCUCAGCUGGAGCCGAGGCUCCAGAACCACAGCACCCCUGCUGGUCAGAUCUGGAAUUUCUGGUCUGGAAGUCACCUACGCUGUUGAUGAAAAGCAUCUCUUUGAAGAAAUUGGCAACAUUAUGAGGAGGUUUGACCCAGACAUCCUGGUCGGGUACGAGGUGCAGAUGCGUUCGUGGGGAUACCUCCUGCAGCGGGCGUCCGCGCUGGGCGUGGACCUGUGCCAGCAGCUGUCAAGGGUGCCAGGCGACUCGAAGGAGAACCGAUUUUCGGCAGAGAGGGACGAGUACGGCGCCGACACCAUGACGGAAAUCAACCUCAUUGGCCGCGUGGUCCUCAACCUGUGGCGGAUAAUGAAAACCGAGGUGACGCUAAACCACUACAGCUUUGAGAACGUGGCCUUCCAUGUCCUUCACCAACGCUUCCCCCUCUACAGCCCACGCACACUCUCAGACUGGUUCGACCACACCACUGACCUGUACAGGUGGAAGAUGGUGGAUCAUUACGUCAGCCGCGUAUGUGGUACCAUGCAGCUGCUCCAGCAGCAUGACAUCAUUGGGAGAACCAGCGAACUGGCCCGGGUCUUCGGCAUCCAGUUCUACCACGUGCUGACGAGAGGUUCCCAGUAUCGCGUGGAGUCCAUGAUGCUGCGCAUCGCCAAGCCCAUGAACUACAUCGCCGUGACGCCCAGCACUCAGCAGAGGGCCCAGCAGAGGGCGCCGCAGUGCGUCCCGCUGAUCAUGGAGCCGGAGUCGCGCUUCUACAGCAACUCGGUGGUGGUGCUGGACUUCCAGUCCCUCUACCCCUCCAUCGUCAUCGCCUACAACUACUGCUACUCCACCUGCCUGGGCCACGUGGAGAGUCUGGGAACGCACGACGAGUUCAAGUUCGGCUGCACCUCGCUGAGGGUCCCCCCCGACCUCCUGUACGAGCUCCGCAACGACAUCACCGUGUCGCCCAACGGCGUCGCCUACGUCAAGUCGUCCGUGCGGAAGGGGGUCCUUCCCAGCAUGCUGGAGGAGAUCCUGAAGACCAGGUUCAUGGUCAAACAGUCCAUGAAGGCCUACAAGCACGACAAGGCCCUCACGCGCCUGCUGCACGCCAGGCAGCUGGGCCUCAAGCUCAUCGCCAAUGUCACCUUCGGCUACACGGCCGCCAGCUUCUCCGGCCGGAUGCCCAGUGUGGAGGUCGGCGACAGCAUCGUCCACAAAGCCAGGGAGACCCUGGAGAGAGCCAUAAAGCUGGUCAACGACACUAAGAAGUGGGGCGCUCACGUUGUGUACGGGGACACGGACAGCAUGUUUGUCCUGCUGAAGGGAGCCACCAAAGAGCAGGCCUUCAAAAUCGGGAACGAGAUCGCAGAGGCGGUGACGGCCACCAACCCCAAGCCGGUCAAGCUCAAGUUUGAGAAGGUGUACCUGCCCUGCAUUCUGCAGACAAAGAAGCGGUACGUGGGCUACAUGUAUGAGAGCCUGGACCAGAAGGACCCUGUGUUUGAUGCCAAGGGGAUUGAGACAGUGCGCAGAGACGGCUGCCCUGCUGUUUCCAAGAUCCUGGAGCGCUCGAUCAAGCUGCUGUUCGAGACGCGGGACAUCAGCCAGGUCAAGCAGUACGUCCAGCGGCAGUGCGUGAAGAUCCUGGAGGCCAAGGCCAGCAUGCAGGACCUCACCUUCGCCAAGGAGUACCGGGGCAGCAACUCGUACCGGCCUGGGGCCUGCGUCCCAGCGCUGGAGCUCACCAGGCGAAUGCUGGCGUACGACCGGCGCCUGGAGCCGCGGGUGGGCGAGCGGGUGCCCUACGUCAUCGUGUACGGCGUGCCGGGCGUGCCCCUCAUCCAGCUGGUGCGGCGGCCCAUGGAGGUGCUCCAGGACCCCGGCCUGCGGCUCAACACCGCCUACUACAUCACCAAGCAGAUCCUGCCCCCGCUGAGCCGGGUCUUCGCCCUCAUCGGGGUGGACGUCUUCGGCUGGUACCAGGAGCUGCCGAGGAUUCAGAAGGCGCACUCGACGGCGGGUGGAGGGGAGGACGCGGGGAGGAAGGGAACCAUCUCGCAGUACUUCACCACGCUGCACUGCCCCGUGUGCGACGAGCUGACCCAGCUGGGCGUGUGCGGGCGCUGCCGGGCCGAGCCCCAGCGCGUGGCCGUCACCCUGCAGCAGGAGCUGCGGCAGUGGGAGAGCCAGCAGGAGCAGCUGCUGAGGAUCUGCAGGAACUGUAGCGGGGGUGCUGAGCGCCAGGUUCCGUGCGUGUCGCUGGACUGCCCGGUCCUGUACAAGCUGUCCCGGGUGACCCGCCAGCUCGCCAAGGGCCCCUACCUCCGGCAGCUCUUGGAGCAGUUCUGACCCCCCCCCCCCCCCCCGGAGCCGCCCUCGCACCCGGGAGCUACAUUGGUGCUAAACGCAGUCUUUAAAUUCAGCUGCUUUUGCGUCUCAUUUUUUUUUUUUCUCUACCUUUUUUUUUUUUUUUUUUUAAAUGGUGCUUUGAUUAAAACCCUGUCGGGUUUUUCCAUUUCGUCCUGUUGCUAUUCGUUAUACGAGUGUUUCGGCACGCCGGAGGUUGCUGGAUUUGGCCUCCGGCGGGAAAAAAAAAAAAGGUGUUUUUCGAAGCUUGUGUUGUCCUCGUUCCCAUCCGCUGCAUCGUUUAUUAGCUGCUAUUGGUUGUCAGUGAAUCCGUGUUUUCUCCGGACAAUGAGCUUGAAUUGCGGUCGGGGUCCGCCCCCGCCAGCAUGGCGCCUCAGGCGGCCCGACCGAAGGACCCUUCUACGAUCACAACUAUUUCACGAGCGCUGUAGCAAUUUGUAAAUGCGGGACUUUGAAGUCCCACCGAUUUUUUUUCCCCUAGUGGGGCCCCCCCACUCAGGGGUCUCCGGGAUGACGAAUUAAACCACUGUUUAAAUUCAACUCUUUUUAUAUUAAAAUACGAUCUUUUUUGUAAAUAGAAAUUAUUUCCUUGUAAAGUGGCCGCAAUUUCUCAGUGUGCACCCGAAUUUGCAAACGGUUCUAAUGAUAAUGGGGAAAAGAGAAAAAAAAUGAAACGUUGUUUUUAUUAAUUCUGUUUCAGGGUGCCAUGUGCUUUUUGUCUCCAUUUUCCCUGCCUUGAAAAGGAUGUUUUUAUUUAAGUAUGUUUUCUGCAAAGAAUAGUCCUUAAACUCUGAGCCGCCGGGAAACUGGGUGGGAUCGGGAGAGCAGAAACGAUUACCUAUGUGUCAGAGUUUUUAAACUUCUGGGACUGUUGCAAUACUGUAUUUUGAUAAUUUAUGGCGAGAGUAUAUAUUAUUUCCUUGUGCAGAUUUGUUUUUUUACACACAUUUCUAAUGCUUUCUCUAUGCUCAACGGUAUAUGUUCCUUUACCUAUGUAAAGACUGAUUCUAUAAUUUCCCAAACAAUUGUACACAAGAUCUGUGUAUUUGUAUAGUUGUAAAAAAAAAUCUGAAGGAAGUGUGUUUUUUUUUUUUUUUUUGCUUUUUUGUUUUUAAUGGACAUUUCUGUGGGUGGAGGUUAAAGAUUGAUAUAAUAAAACUAAAUGUAUGAAAAUAUA